CGCAGGAAGUUCCCGCACGGUUCGUUCUGUGACAAGAGCUCAACGUGAAGUAGAGCAACAAAGGGACAGGUGUGGAACGCAUGCGCGACGUGGCGGAAGCGCACGCGGUGCUGUGCCAGCAAACGAGUUCCGGUGCUGAGGAUGACAGUCCUGAACCUGUCCUUUGCUGCGUGCGGUUUCCUGGGGAUCUAUCACUUGGGUGCCGCGGGGGCCUUUCUCCGGCAUGGAGACAAGCUGCUGGGCUCCCUCAGGGCCUGUGCAGGAGCUUCGGCCGGGGCGCUGGUGGCUGCUGUAAUGAUCACGGCACCUGAAAAGUUAGAGCACUGCAAAGAUUUCACCUACAGGUUUGCUGAAAGUGUGAGGCAGCAGCGGUUUGGAGCUGUCACGCCAGGAUUCAACUUUAUGCUCACGCUCCGGGAGGGGAUAGAAGAGAUUCUGCCCGGAGAAGCUCACAGUCUGGCCACGCACCGCCUCUAUGUGUCGGUAACACACUCAGAAAGUGGCAAGAACCACAUCAUAUCCACAUUUACCUCCAGGGAGGAGCUCAUAAAGGUUCUGUUAGCCAGCAGCUUUGUGCCGGUCUAUGCUGGACUCAGACCAGUGGAGUUCAGAGGAAAGAAAUGGAUUGAUGGAGGAUUCACUGACAGCCUGCCCAUUCUGCCUGUGGGCCGAACCAUCACAGUGUCCCCCUUUGCUGGACUGCAGGAUGUGUGUCCCGUCCACAGGGGGAGCUUCAACACGCAACUCAGACUGGCCAACAUGAACAUAAUGUUUUCCGUGGAGAACAUCAAACGUCUGAACCAGGCUCUGUUCCCUCCAUCCACCAGCACCCUGCAGUCUUUAUGUGAAGAAGGCUUCGCUGAUGCUGUGAAGUUCUUAAAGAGGGAAGCCCUGAUGAGCUGAGUGUCAUGGGAAAAAGCAUGUGACGCUUGAAGCAUCAUUUAGAGAAUAAAUAUUGUGUAUUUUCUGUAUUUAUUUCCUGGGUGGCUUCAGUUUGUUAAAAAAAAUGCCCAAAUAUCAGGACUGUUUCCACGGAGCGAUGGUGAGAAAUACUGUGUCCUUUUUUUUUUUUCCUGGAUCGAGAUCUCAGUGGAUGUUUGUGAAGCAUGAAGCAAGGUGUGCAUGAUUGUGAGCUUCAGUCAGAUAACUUCUAUCACACAGGUGUCCUCUUCAUGACAGCAGCUCAACACGAUGAAAGGCCCACGUGUGAACGUGGACUUUUCAUCAAUUUUCCAAGGAAGCAUUUAAUUUCCCCUGACUUGAAGCAGUGCAAAAAAUAUCGGAUAUCCAUUACCCGCUUCACAGGAAGUUCAUGCUGCCGUCAUGGAUGUUUGGGAGCGCCCUCGGGACACGCGGGAGCGUCGUCUUUGAAGUGUUGGAUGUUUCUUGUAGGUUUGACUGCUGCUGGGUUACCGUUUGAUUUCCUUCAGCUUCGGGAAACGGAGCAAAUUCUCCCGUUUCCAGCCGACUGGAGCGGUCCGUGAAAGCUGCUCUCCCUCCGGACAGUCUGACGUACAGGCAGCUGCUUCACUGAACAGUUAGAUUUAUAUAAACUGCACAGUGAUUACAAGGAGCUGGGACUGCACAUACACACACUGUAUGAAAGGAGUGGAUGUCGCCACCAUGACAUCACCCACACGUCUGUGGACUGUUGUUUGGACUGAGUUUGGAUUUGUCCACUUUGGCUGAGAGAGUGGCACUGGUCACUUUAACACACGGGGGCUAAGUCCAUCUUUCAGAUACAGUCUGUGUGCACGUUUCAUUUCUGUAAACAAACACGUGACACUUUUCUUUCAAACUGUUUCAUCUGAGUGGAAUAUAUGAAUAUAUGAGCAGAGACAGCUUAUUUAAACGUGAAACUAAUUUCAGUAUCUUCAUCAUCACUCUCAGCUGAUGGUCAGAACAGUUCAUCAGUGAACUUCUUCCCUCUGAAAGCUUUGAACAGACUAAUACAAACUUGGCAUGAGGUUGAAUAUACCUGGAAAAGUUUGGAUUCAUUACAAUAACCUGGAUCAUAUUCAGAGUUCUGGAACAGGUGCUGCUCACACUUUAAAAACACCACAGGUUCCUUUCAAAUAAAUUC